GGGAGAACACUGGGGGACUGUGCAGGAUAAGCCAUGAGGAUCUGUGUGUCUGAUGGCAGAUAACAGAAGGCAGCUCGAACACAAGCACAGACACGGGACAUCAGAUGCUGAGAGGAGACUGACUCUUCGCACAAAGAUCCUCUUUGUGUGACGCUCAUGAAGAGGGUUUUCACUCUCAAGAAGCUUCUCUAUCAGGAUCAGUUAUCGAGAGCUCUUAUACACAGGGUUCGGGUGAGUGUGUCUGAUGCAGUGCUGUUCUCAUCACAGGUGACGGAGAUCACAGGUGUGUGUGUGUGUGUGUGUGUGUGUGUUCGCAGAGAUCAUGGCUGGGACAGAAGUGUGUGUGUUCUGGAUGGCAGUCGUUCUGAUGAGCUCACAGGUGAUCGCACUGCAGGUGGAUAUGAACAACGCAUCUCUGACAAGCAUUCCUGCAGGGAAACCUGCAAACCUCACCGAACUGAUCCUGAGCCAGAACUCGGUCGCCAUGUCUGACUCGGAUAUCGAGAUCCUACGCGGGUAUCCCGGGAUUCGGGUGCUAGAUCUUUCUUACAACCACAUACAGUCCCUGCCUGAAGGAGCUUUCGCCAGCCUCACGCUCCUAGAGACUCUCAAACUGAGGGGAAAUGAACUGAAAACCCUCCACAAAGACAUCUUUAGAGGACUGAUAAAACUGAAGAGUUUGGAUUUGGAGGAAAAUCCGUGGAACUGCUCCUGUUCGCUCACAAGUCUCAUCAAACAUCUGAACGAGUCUGGCGUAUCCACCGGCAGAGAAGUGUUUUGUUACACCCCCCAGAAAACAGCUGUCCUUGAUGGGAACCCUUUCUGCUUAAAUCAAGUCCCAACAGCGAGGACUAGAUCAGCAGCGCCGCUAACCACGGAGCAGAGCCGCAGCAGUCGCGUCUACAGCUCCAGCAAAGGUAAGAACAUCAGGAAUAAUGGGAAAAACAUUUUCCUCAAACCAGUAUCAAACACACAGCUGAUGUGUCGGUGGAUUAGGCCAUGGAAAGGAACUAACAUGUUCAAACACACACACCUAUAGACUGAACACGUGAUACGAGUGUGC